GUGCUAAACCAUCUUCAGCAGUAUGGGGUCAGAAAACCCAAGCCCGCAAAAUCCCAGCUGUAAAAUUAUGACAUUCCAUCCAACACUAGAAGAAUUCCAGGAUUUUGGAAAGUACAUUGCUUAUAUUGAAUCCCAAGGUGCUCACAGAGCAGGACUUGCUAAGGUGGUUCCUCCCAAGGAAUGGAAGCCACGCAAGAGCUAUGAUGAUAUUGACAGCAUGGUGAUCCCUGCUCCCAUUCAGCAGGUGGUGACUGGACAGUCAGGACUCUUCACCCAGUAUAAUAUUCAGAAGAAACCCAUGCUGGUUGGAGAUUAUCGGCGUUUGGCUAAUAGUGAGAAGUACUGUACUCCUCGUCAUCAGGAUUUUGAUGAUCUGGAGCGCAAAUACUGGAAGAAUUUGACUUUCGUGUCUCCUAUUUAUGGGGCAGAUAUCAGUGGUUCCUUGUAUGAUGCAGAUGUGGAAGAGUGGAAUAUUGGGAAUCUGAACACUCUUCUUGACAUGGUGGAACAUCAGUGUGGAAUUAUCAUAGAAGGUGUGAAUACCCCCUACCUCUACUUCGGGAUGUGGAAGACCACGUUUGCUUGGCAUACAGAGGACAUGGAUCUCUACAGCAUCAACUACUUGCAUUUUGGAGAGCCCAAAUCAUGGUAUGCUAUACCUCCAGAACAUGGCAAGCGGCUGGAAAGACUGGCAAAAGGGUUUUUUCCUGGGAGCUCUCAAGGGUGCGAUGCCUUCCUCCGUCACAAGAUGACCCUCAUUUCACCCUCUAUCUUGAAAAAAUACAGUAUCCCUUUUGACCGGAUCACCCAGGAAGCUGGAGAGUUCAUGAUUACUUUUCCUUAUGGCUACCAUGCGGGGUUCAACCACGGAUUCAACUGUGCCGAGUCCACCAAUUUUGCUACCCUGCGAUGGAUUGAUUAUGGCAAGAUGGCCACACAAUGCACGUGCCGGAAAGAUACCGUGAAGAUCUCUAUGGAUGUUUUUGUACGGGUGCUACAGCCUGAACGGUAUGACUUAUGGAAACAAGGAAAAGACAUCACCGUCUUGGAUCACAUGAAACCUACAGCUUUAACAUCUCCAGAGUUGGAAGCUUGGAAUCAGACAAAAGAUGCCUUGAAAGCAAAGAUGCUACGCAGGGCAAACAGGAAACGAAGCCAACCCCGAAGGCACAAGACACAGGACCAGAAGUCACUUGUGGAUGUUAUGGCAAUGGAGACCACUUUGGAUGAGGUACCAGAGAAGGAGGAUCAGAGAAGAGUCCCCAGCUUGGAUGAAGAAGAAAAAAAUAAAGCAUCAGACAGCAAAGAGGCAGGGGAAUACAAGCCAAAGUUGCGCAACCCAAGAGUUAAAGGGGAGAGGAAGAAGAAGCAGCAGCUCCCCUUGCACCAGCUUCUUCCUCCGCUGCUCCUCCCCCAGCCACAUCUGCAAAAGCAGGAGGGGCAGCAGCAGAGCCCUCCAGAGGAAGAAGGGACUGAUGCCAAGCACGCAGCGGGAGACAACCUGCCCCCCAUGCCUGACCUUAGCACCCCGUCUUCCGAAAGUCCGGGUGAAGAGGACGAGUCGAAGCAGCGACCCAUAAUCCCCAUGCUGUAUGUGGUUCCCCAGCGCAAAAAGGCGCCGUUGGAGAAGAAGCACCUAUCCUGCCAGGAAGUCUUUGAGCGGUUCGUGAAAAGGGACCAAAUGCCCUCUUUGGAUCUUGGUGUGAAAGAUGAGAGUGUCAAGGGAGAGGAUGCGGAGCUGCCUGGCGAGCCCAGUAAAUUGCAGGCAGUCCUACGCUUGGAUGAUAUCACCUUGUGGAGGAUCCCUAAAAGGGAGAGGCGGGAGUUGUUCAAGCGCGUUAGCGGCAAGCCGGCGAGAUACGCGGCAGCUCUGUUCACCCGGAUGGUCCCCCCGGAUGAGCUGCGGAGGUGGCGAAGCACUGUUAGCUAUUGCGGGGGCAGAGGGAAGCAUGCUCUGCCCCACAACGUGGUUGCCCGCUUGAGGCACCUUUUGUUCAAGCAGUACUCGGACAUAAUAGCGGCCGACUGGAGAAAAAUCUGGUUGAAAAUCAACAAGAUCCUUGAGGCUUGAUGGGGCCACUGCUGGGUGCUCCUGCCCACUGCUGCUGCAUGGCUGUUCAUAGGGAAGUUGUCUUUUCUUGCUUGGGAAUCUUCCAUGGCAGGCUGGGCCAGAAACCUCCAAAAGACGAGACUGCUGCAACUUGUUGAAGUGCUCUGGGCCAAAGUAGAACUCUGUGCUUGUGCUGCUGGCCAGUCAUGGGCACAGCAGACGCCACAUGUUUCAUUGUUUGGCUGUGAAAGGGUAGAGCUUGCCACCCAGCAAUAAAUUUUUUUAUACAUUCUCUUUUGACCAUUGUGAUCCCUUCUUUAUUUGCUCUUUUGAUAUCCUAGGAGGUUCUGUUGUGCCUGUUGUUGUCACUCUGCGUAUAUGUGAUAAGAGAACUUUGGCUGAGCUUUGGGAAUCGCUGCACUAGCUGUGGGCUGCUUGGCACAAAGGCAUGGAAUACGUGGCCUGCCCUGUCAUGAAUAUCUGUCAACUUUUUGGAAGAAUUGAAAUAGAUUCCUAAAUGCCUUCUCUCUUUGUCGUCCCUAUUUUCUGUGCCUGCUGGUGUUCCAGGAUUCCCCCGGAUCAUAUCAAUAGUGUUAAAAUUUUAUCAGAAUGCCACUAAGAGCAGCAGAAAAAGAUGAAGGAUUAGAGAUAGAUGUUUGAGUUGGGUCAGGUCCAAUUUUGCAGAAUACAUUUAUGAACUAAGGUUGAGGUCGAAUUGGCCGUGUGUUAAAACUUAAUACAGACUCUAAAUUGCUAACUAAAAAGCAGGGCUGCCUCUUCAGUUCCCCAUUCACUAGUAAUCUGUGUAAGAUCUCUAGGUAGUCAGCCACAGGGUGUAGCUAAACUGCCUUUGCAUCCCAUCUUGAUCAAGGCAGUUGUCAGGAAGGCAACUGAGAGGAAUCAGAACAGUUGAAAAUGGGACUGGACAGUGUAGCUAUGCAGAAACAUUUCAGAGCUGGCCCAACUUGUGGAUAUGUUUCUCGAAACCUGAAUGAGCAAAUACCUAACUGUUCAUUCCCAGGAAUUAAAGUUUUCUUUCAUAAGUAGAUGUUGUUCUCCCAAAGAAGAGAUGAGAUAACAUGACAUGCCAAAAUACAUGGCAGACCGGGAUCUGGCCAGCACUAUUUGAAGGGGCAAGUAAGGCUCAGCUCUCUUAACAUUCUUACAUAUGCAAAAGGAAAAGUGUUUUGCAGGAAAUACACCUCAGGCCAGGUGGGAACAUGCAGAUUUGAUUUAAGUUAUACCAUGAAGGUUCAAAGAAUUAUACUUACUAAUACAGUGCUUGACACUUGUUUUAGAGUAAACAAUUAAAGGAGGAAAGAAAAAUAUUUUUCUGGAUAAAAAUGGGGAGAAAAACUUCUUGUUUUUUAAAUAAUUUUCACUUGUGCAAAAGAAUAAAGAUGGAGAGAGGCCAUCAAGGCUUCUCUAGUACAGAAUUGGGCAUUUUCAAAAUGCUGAAUAUUAUAUGUUCACUGCUUUAACAGUAUUGAAUCACUAUUGCUAGGCAACCCUUUCUGUUUCCCUCUGACAAAGCAUUUCUCACCUAAUUGGUUCCAUGGCUUUACACAGAGAUGUGUUGCGGUAUGUAUGUGAGCAGGUAGGUGUGUCAAUGGUGGGCAUUUGGUAAUUUGCCAUGAAAGCAACUCAGAAUUUUAAUAUGCAGAAAGAGGAAGGUGAAAUAAAUCGGUGCCUGGAUCUGAGCUGGAAUCAGUGGGACCAGAAGCUCACCUGGAAAAUGCAGAGCCCAUUUAAAUCAUGCCAUUGAGUGGGUAUUUUAUGAUUCUCUCAUAAAAUGGUGGAUCCAUGUGUCAUCCGCACCAGGCUUACUGUUGAGAGGCAGGCUAUGCCACCCCUAGCAGAGAGAGGCAUGUUCUCAGGAGCUGCUCUGUUCUCCACACUGUGGUUUAGCAGCUGGGGGUGUGCUUUGCCAUACAAACAGUCUUCCUCAUCGAUGGUCAGGCUGUAUAGUCCCCUCACAUCUCCUCUAGUUCAUUGGGGAAAGGAGGGUAUAGCCUCUACUUUGCCUUGGAUGGUCCCAGGCUCAAACCUUGAUGUGUCCAGGUAAGCUUGGGAAAGGACCUUGGAGUCUGAGCUCCAGGGAGAGAGUGUCUGCUUGUCCAGCAGAGAGCCGUACAUUAAAGCAGCAAAGGUUUGCAUCAGAGAUUUUUGUAAAAGACUUAUUGAAAGAGUACCUUCUCACUAGCAAUAUUGAUGUUCUUCCCACCCUCCACCCCCACCCCACACCCCCACCCCACACCUGUGGGCCUGCUUCUAGCUCCACCUUAAGGCUGAGAAGAUAAUCAGUUCAUUUAAUUAAGGGGGGAGAAGAGAUCUUAUUUGUGGGCCAUUUGUUCUUGUCAUACAGAUGACUAGCAGUUGACAAGGUGGCCCUCUCUUAAAACACUUAGUAAAGGGGAAAGAUGCAUAACUCUUACCUGCUUUCAUCGUCAAGAUGCUCUAAAUGAACUUAAAAGGCUCUUCUGGAUUUUCAUUGCAGCUCUUUGGAGCUUUUAAAGCUAUUGCUUCUUGCCCUGUCCAUUUAAUAUACUGAAAAUAACUAUUAACCUUCUUACAGCUGCAUGUGCUUCACAAGUCCAUGGGGCUUAGAGUUUCAUUCAGAAUUCAGCAGAUAGAGAACUUAAUUUUGGAUUUUGUUGUUAACAGCCUAGUCCUUAUUGUGGUUAAGAAAAUGCUGAAAAAUAUGUAGGCAAUGCGCCAGAGGCUGAGCGGAGCCAUCAACGUGUUGCUCUUUUACUCCUUUAUUAUAUGCAGAACAGAUAAGCAGGUUGACUCAUUUCUCACAUUCAGCUUCCCUUGUUGAGCGUUUGCGGUUGUAGGGUGUAUACCACUCUGUCUUUCUGCUUCUCCUGACCCACAGAAUUUUGCUGAGUUACAGCAGCGAAAUGCAAAGAGCUCAUCCUCUGGUAGCCUGGACCACAGUUCCUAUCACUGCCAGACACAGAUGUUCAUGGCUGGAAUGGUAGCAUCAGGAUGAAAAGCAGAUCAGAAAAGGCUGCCAAAAAAGGCAUUAAUGGUUCUACCUUGGAGCUUUUCAUCAUAAGACCUCCAUUGUUCCCAUUGUAAGGUAUACAAAAUAAUGCUCUUUUAUUUUGGUGGCUUUUUUCC